AAGCUGUUUCUAGUUCUGUUACAUAUUCGAUAACAAGUGGUACUGGCUGGUGCUGUACAUACUAUCACAACUGCUUUCGAUCAAGGAGAAUUGUUUUGUUUUGUCAAUUCUUCAAGGUACUGUAACGUCCAAAGUGGAACAAAGCAGAGCAGAGCGUCGAUCCCACUGCCUUACAUUGGGCUUGCAUUACAUUGCAUGCAUUCACCGCAUCCUUUCACUCAACCCUCUCGGACCCCCCGAGUUCGAAAACGAAACGCAACGCAACGCAACAUCACCCGAUCCGGAACCUACGAGGGUUCUAAAUCGUGAGAGACUCGUGUUUCGUGUCUCGGAACCCCGGCCUCAAUCCGCCUUCGGCACUGUCUUAGAUUGUCUUGUAUUGUCUUGUCUCGUCUUCAUCUCUCGUCUCUUCCAUCAUGGCUUCUUCGUUCCAGUCAACGUUGCCAUUCUUGACCAAAACAACCAGCAACAGCGCAAACAACCACCACGGCCACGGUCAUAAACACAGCCUCAGCAACUUCUCCAAUGGUUCAGUCUCCAACCGAAGAACCUCCCUGGCUUCGUUUCACUCUUCGCGCCCCGAAUCGCAAAUGUCACAGGCCUCGCCGCCUCCCUCGAGGUCACCUCUUCCUCCUGGUCCAGAAAUCGAUCGCAUUUCCGAUCCCAAUUCGCAGUCAAAGACGCCUUCGACGGGUCUAUCCUCGCAGCAUUCAUCGCUUUCCGCUCCUCGAAGGACCAACCCCCAUGCACGACCAUCGAGAAAGCUUCGCUCGCAAUACCCGCGAAGCUCUACAGAAAACCAUGUCGAAUAUAUCCUUGUCGCAUCCUUCGACAUCGAUCGAGGUCCCGUCAUGGAGCAUCAAUACCCGGUUGCGAUCACAGGAGACGAAAAUAUGUUGGCAGAGCUUAUGUUGCCCGAUCAAGCCCAUGCCCGCAACCAGGACUGGACAAUAUUCUUUCUUCACAAGGAUACAAGCCAGGAAGAGGAGGAUGAGGAGCGCAAAGUUAAGGAAAAUCGAAAGAAGAGGCGCAAGAGAAGGCGUGAUAGAGCAGCUGGUAUAAUAGACGAGGAUGAAGAAGACGAAGAAGAUCUACCAGAAGACGAAUGGGAUGACGAUGAUGAAGACGACACCGAAUCUACUGAUAGCGAACCUGAGGGCGGAGAGGGCCCUCCCCUAAUUUAUGUGCUUAAUCUGGUCAAUACCAAACAUGACAAGUCGGUCAAGAGAGGGGCCAUUGUCAAGGCCAUGGCCAUCUGCACGCGGCAUCCCUUCUUGCAUAUUUACAAGCCACUGCUACUAUUGGCUCUGGAAGAAUACUUCAAAGCACCUGUUCCAGAGACAUUGGCCAUGCUAUACGAUUCAGUCAACGCCAUGGAUUUGUCUCUCAUGCCUAAACUCAGUCUUCUUGAGCGCCACUUAUUACAAGCAAGUGAUAACAGGGAUCUCUUUGUGGAGAAAUUCGAACAGAUGAUUCAAAUGCGGAUAGCCGAAGACCAGCGCGAGGAGGCAGCAGAUCAGUCAUUGGAUGCCACAAGGAGCCCGACAAAACUGACUGGUAUCUCAAGAGCUGGUACAAAGGCCCACGUUGAGGGCGGCCAGUCGAUUUACUCUGUUCCGCGCGACACGCAUGAGUUUGAGAGCAAGGUCAUGUACAAGGGCAUACCAAUCCCUAUCAAAGUACCUGUUGCUGUCAUGCCAGAAACCGUCGGUGACUUUUCACUCAUUAAACUUAUUCAAAACUUUUCAGAUUCUCAUCAGAAAUCCCCUCAACCAUUUGCGCUGCACCCUCACCUCACAACGAACGGAGUCAAUACGCACCCGAUCAUUGUGCUGGCAAAUGCGCUCUUAACACAAAAGAGAAUCAUCUUUUUAGGGUACAACAUGCCCUCAGGCGAGGUCGCAGAAGCUGUUUUAGCCGCGUGUGCGUUGGCAUCGGGUGGUAUACUUCGUGGGUUUACACGACAUGCUUUCCCUUACACCGACUUGACCAAAAUCGACGACCUGCUCAACGUACCCGGUUUUAUCGCCGGUGUAACGAAUCCAACCUUUGAGCUUCACCCCGAGUGGUGGGACGUCCUGUGCGAUUUACCAAGUGGGAGGGUCAAGAUCAGUACAAAGAUCGACCCUGCCCCUGUGACAGAGGGUCUGCUGUACUUCCAGCAACAAAACGCAGCUUUUGCGGCCAUUGCAAGCGGUACGACGAAUACAAGCCAGGACUAUACGGGUGACAAUGCCUUCAUGACUGAUGUUCUAAGGAGCAUUGCUGCAAGACAUGGCGAACGUGUGAUCCGAGCAAAGUGGCGCGACUGGGUCGGUAAGUUCACUCAAAUCGCAGCCAAAUUCGAGGAAAGCGUUUAUGGAGCUAGUGCCUUGUAUAUUGGAGGUGAAGAUCAGGACUUGAUGCCACCUGGGGCCAACGGGCAUGGUUAUGUCUGGGCGGAUGAUACAGCUAAGCAUAAGGAGCUUGCUGGUAAUGUGACAAGAAUCGAAGGAUGGCGCAACACUCGAAGUUAUUACAGCUUCAUCCAAGAUUUGGCACAGAUAUAUACCAUCAGGCCCUUGAAGGGUCUUGACUUAGCCCAUCUUCACGACCGUUUACGAAUGCAACGCUUAACCCCCGCACAAAGCAGAGAUAUCUAUCUCACCAUCUCCAAACACGUCCACACGUACGAUGAGAUUUGCCUACUACUCAGUGUCGCCCCUGAGUCUCACGCUGGAUUGUUCUACCUCGCUCUUGGUCUAUUCCACAAGGACCGUGAGGUCCGUCUAAGAACAGCAGAUCUCCUGGAGCGUAUAUCAGAUCAUGAAGCCGGACAACAUUGGUGGAGAAGUCUCAGUCGCUUUGAGAAGCUAGCUUAUAUGCGAUUACGUCGAGAGGUGGAUGCAGAAAUGCAAGCAAAGCUUGAAAAGGAAGGUAUAAGCGCUGAAAUGGAGAGGAUAGUAAGCUGAACGUUUGGAUUGGAGUUCACAUGUGUGGGUGGGCUUGUAGGAGUUUAUUUAUGGGUUGGAGUAACGUCGACGGGUUCUCCAGGAGGUGUCAUGUCUGGGUUCGCAUCAUAUACCUUUCAGCACUCAUAUAGGCGGCGUUUUUCAAAGACAUUGGACGAAUACAAUGGCAUAU